UCGUGUUCCGUAUAUUCGUUUUCAUUAUUUCCAUUACUAGCUUUUCAAGCGUUUUCAACAAAAAUAAUUUAAGAACUCAUUUUUAAUUAAAAUCGUGUUCCGGAAAUUCGUUUUCAUUAUUUCCCUGAUGCACUAGGAGUCGUAAACAGGGGAUGACGGAGCUUAGGACGGAGAGCAGUGUCGUGUAGGAGGGAAGAAGACCUGGAGAUUCAGGGAGAUGAAAUGAGAUGAUGGUGAUGAGGAAGCUCAACAGGAAAUGGAAGAAGUCUCUCAGAGACCACCUAGACGAUGAUCACAAUCUCUCUCUCCCUACUGUCGACGAUUCUCGUCCUAUCGACUCCCAAGAGCAAGAGGAGCUCGUGCGAUCAUUUGAAAAGAGUCAAGCGCAGCAGAGUUUUCUCUGGAGGUGUGUAUUCGCGGCGCUUCUAUUUUGUUUUGCUGCGUUUCUUAUAUUCUCCAUCUAUCAGCAGGCAUCAUCUCCUUGGGAACUGCGUUAUCAUGCUUACUUUAUGGACGAGGUUUACUCAAGUGUGAUUAUAUUUGCAGAUUGGAUAGCUGUUACAGCAUGUUUAAUGGCCAUACUAGGGCUACUGUAUGAUUCACAGAAUCGCAGGAGAUGGAUUUGGUACUCCUGCUAUGCUGGCAUGCUACUGGCACUUUUCUGGUUAUACUACAUGCUGAGAUUGCCAAAGUUUCGGUGGGAUGUCAUCUGGCGUCCGCUAGGACCUCUUAGCGGAGCUGGAGCUUGCCUCUACGUGGACCAUCUGCUCUCUGAAUCAUCAGAAGAAGUAAGGAAACUUCGAAGCUACAUGUACACAUACAAGACCACCUGAAAGUUUUCUUUCAGCCUUCAUUAUCUUUGCUUGAGCUGGAGGCAGGGCAACCCAGAGGUUCUUGUUGAGCUUUUGAGAGUAUGGUACACAAGGCAGGGAUAUGGUUUGGUGGGAAAAAUGCAAAAAUGCUGUGAUUAUGCUCUUAAAAAUUUCAAGUUUUAGACACAGGUUGCGUGCUGUGGAGGAUGGGGCCAUGUUUGCUAUAGAUCUUGUAAAUUUGUUAGCUGAGAGAAAUCUAUUUGAGCUAAGCAGAGAAACUAUUGCCGAGGUUCUUUUCCCCAAGUUUUGGACAAGAUAUUUAUUUUACAAUGUGUACCGGAGAUUUUGUCGAGUCAUUUAAAACAAUAUUUAUAUAAUGCCCUUGUCUUCAUUUUCAUCUAA